GACGUUGUUCUAUGUGAUGGUUGGUCCAAAGUAAUUUGGGUAUUCAGUACGGGACUUUUUAUGUGACCGGUGUAGUGAGGAGAGCCAUGGAGAUCUACCGGAGAUCCUCAUGGCUGUUGCUGCUUCUUGGAGUUUCCCUUCUCACCACUGCCUUGCAGGGUGUGCAAGGUGAGGUAGAGUCUGAGGGUCCUUCCGAAUCCGAAUGUCGGCCUUAUAUCGAGAAAGCUCUUAAAGAGUUAGAAACUGGAGAGGCGGGAUCUCCAGAGAGUGCGGGUGACACAGGCGAUACGGGCGAUAGUAAAGAAGACUUGCCAACUGUAGAAAUCACUACCGACGACUCCGAUCACCAAGAGGGUGACGGAGAUGACGAAAGCCACGAUGACGGAAAUGCUAGUACCGAGACCGAAUCCGAAGCCGGGCAAGAGGCCCAAGAAGACCAACCUGAUGAAACGCAAUCUGACGAAAAGGACGAACAAGAGGCUAAAAGCGAAGAAGCAGCGGAUGAUGACAAAACGGACGAAGUAACGGAGGACGACAAAAGCAAAGAAGAUGAGGAAAAGAAAAGUGAGGAAGCUGAAGGUAGCAAAGAAGCUGAUUCCAAAGAAGGAGAUGAUGACACCAAAGAAGAGGUAGAAGCUGAAGGAGCAGCUGAGGCCGACAAAGAAGAAUCCAAAGAAGAUGGUCAAAGUAAGGAAGAUGAAGCUGAUACUAAAGAAGAUGAUAAAGAUAGCAAAGAAGAAGAGAAAGAGGAAAGCAAAGAAGAAGAAAAAGCCGAAAGCAAAGAAGAUGCAGUAGACAGCAAAGAAGAAGCUAAAGACGACAGCAAAGAAGAAGGUAAAGAGGACAGCAAAGAAGAAACUAAAGACGACAGCAAAGAAGAAGAAGCCCCAUCAGUAGAGAAAGCAGAAAGUAAAGAAGAGGACGACGACAAAAAGGAAUCUGUAGAAGAACAAGACGAAACUAAGGAAGAAAGUGCCGAACAAGACGCCGACAGCAAAGCUGAUGACAAAGAAGAAGAAAGCAAAGACGACAGCAAACAAGAAAGCGCCGAAGACGAUACCAAAGAAGAAGUAGAUGCCGCUGAUGACAAGAGCAAGGAAGAUGAAAAAUCUGAGGAAGGCGAUGAUGACGACAGUGCCAGACAGAAAAGGGAGGCUCCAGAAGAACCCAGCAAAGAAGAUGAUAAAGCCGACGAUGACAGCAAGGCUGAGGAUGAUGCCAAGGCAGAUGAUGACAGCAAGGCUGAAGAUGAUGAUAAAGCCAGCAAGGAAGAGGAAGAUAAAGCAGCUGAAGGAGAUGAUAAAGAUAGCAAAGAGGAUGCUGAACAAAGUGAAGAAGGUGAUGAAGCUAAGAGUGAAGAAGCUCCUGAAGAAGAUUUAACAUUGGAUAUUGAAAUCCCUGAGAACUUAAGACCAAGGGAGCACGUCGAACAACUUUUGAAAUUGGACAGGGAUUCUUCUGAUGUUGAGGCUGUUAUUAAUAGAGUUUCCGAUAUUACUUUGCGUGAACUUAAAAAACUUUACGAAAACGCCAUCAAGCCUUUGGAAGUUUUGUACAAAUACAGGGAUCUUAGCAACAGACAUUUCGGUGACUCUGAAAUCUUCUCUAAACCGUUGAUACUCUUCAUGGGACCUUGGAGUGGUGGAAAAUCCUCCAUCAUCAAUUAUUUGGUCAACAAUGAGUAUAACGAAACAUCUUUGCGUACAGGUGCUGAACCAUCCCCCGCAUACUUUAAUAUUUUAAUGCACGGAGAAGAACCGGAAGUAGUUGACGGUACCGAAUUGGCGGCUGACUUUACAUUCUCAGGUCUACAAAAAUUCGGGCAAGGCUUGGAAGAACGUCUUAGAGGUUUGAAGAUCCCAUCUAAACUUUUGGAAAAGGUUAACAUUGUCGAAAUUCCUGGAAUACUGGAAGUACGAAAACAAAUUUCAAGAGUCUUCCCAUUCAACGAUGCCUGCCAAUGGUUCAUUGACAGAGCCGAUAUUAUAUUUUUGGUCUACGACCCCUCUAAACUUGAUGUAGGACCAGAAACUGAAGCUAUUCUCGAUCAGCUUAAAGGAAGGGAACAUCAGACCAGAAUUAUUUUGAAUAAGGCUGAUCAAGUGAAACCAGAAGAACUUAUGAGAGUACAAGGUGCUCUGAUCUGGAACAUCUCACCAUUGAUGUCUUCUCCACAACCUCCAAUCAUGUACACCACAUCAUUGUGGUCCAGACCAUACGAAUCUUGGGCUCCUGUGAGACUUUUGCAAGCACAAGAGAGGGCUUUCCUUAGGGAUUUACGAGGUGCCAUCGACAAACGCAUAGAAAAUAAAAUCGCCAGUGCACGAAGAUUCGCGGUGCGUGUACGAAAUCACGCUAAAAUGGUAGACUGUUACCUUACGACUUACUACAAUCAUAAAUCCGUGUUUGGAAACCGUAAACAAGUAGCGGAUGCUAUUAUCCAACACCCACAAGACUACCACAUCUACGAAGGUCUGUCAACAUUAACGAACAUCUCCAGAUACGAUUUGCCCGACCCAGAGGUUUACAAGGACUUCUUCAACUUAAAUCCUCUGUACGAUUUCCAACAGUUGUCUGCUACAUGCACGUACUUCAGAGGUUGUCCAAUCAACAGAUUGGACAUCGCCAUCGCGUAUGAUCUCCCUGAACUUGUGGGUACACACAGACGUAACGUAGAAGUGGCUUUACAAGAAGCCAACUUAUCAGCAGCUCCAGGAAGUUGAGCCCGAUUCUAAGGACCAAGUAUUAUCCCUCCGUUGGCAGGAUACGACGUCCUGCAAAAAAUAAUAAAAUACUAGACUAUAGACUCUAGCAAUGUUUCUCAGUUCAUUUAUUAAGCCCAAUUUAAAGGACGUUGAUCAAGAGUCGAGUCACACAUUUAGUUAUCCUGUGAAACUCAUGUGAUGUGACAGUGCGUUUAGACAAUAAUUAAAAUUAAUCAGCCAAUGCCAAUGCCAAUGCUUGCCCUAGUCUCCUGCCACGUGUUUUUGAUCGCAUUUAAGGUUUCUUGCAAUCGGAGUGUUCAAAGAAAGCAAAGUCGAAUUUAUUUCAAAGAGAGUGAGUUUAUUUAUUAAGUAUAUGUAUGUAUCUUUUUGUCACCAGAUGUACAAUUCCUUACCAGCUUUACUAAAUUUUAAUGACAGUGUUCUUAAUUAUUGUAGUAAUGUAUUGUAUACCGAAUGUACAGAUGUACUGUUGUAUUGUAGUGUUUAAUUUAUUUAGAUAUUUAUUUUUUCGUCUCUCAUUUAUGUAUCUUUCAUUCGAAUUAUUUAUCAAGUGUUACAUUGUAAGAAGACAUAGGUUAAGGAAAACAAUACAAUAAAAUAUUUAAUUUGUA